UUAAUGUCCAAGUCUGUGCCGCCGCGGAGGCUUUCCAACCUCUCAGCUCACAGGGCGAGCUGGGAACCAGCGACCGCGCGUUUCCUCCAGGCUGUGUCCCCUUCCUGACGGGAAAGGAGCAGGCAGCGGGGUGGCUCCUGGCCGCUGGAGCUGGCGCUCGGGCGACUCCUCUUGCAGCCGGGCUGGGGAGAGGCACCGCUCCCCCUCGCCGCACCAUGACGGAGGAGAGCAAAGGGGAAGCCAAGGGGGAGAGCGGGAAGGACUUGGAGAAGCAGCUUCGCUUGCGGGUCUGCGUCCUCAACGAGCUGCUCAAGACCGAGCGGGACUACGUGGGCACGCUGGAGUUCCUGGUGUCGGCUUUCCUUCACCGAAUGAUCCAAUGUGCUAUAGCCAAAGUGGAUAAAAAUGUCACAGAAGAGACAGUUAAGAUGUUGUUUUCAAAUAUUGAAGAUAUUCUUGCAGUUCACAAAAACUUUCUGUCCCUGGUGGAGGAGUGCUUACAGCCAGAGCCUAAUGCGCAGCAUGAAGUUGGAACCUGCUUUCUUCAUUAUAAAGAGAAAUUCCGUAUCUAUGAUGAAUACUGCAGUAACCAUGAGAAGGCACAGAAAGUCCUGCUUGACCUUAACAAAAUAAGAACAGUGCGGACGUUUCUUUUGAAUUGCAUGCUCCUUGGAGGACGCAAGAACACAGAUGUACCAUUGGAGGGAUAUCUAGUAACACCAAUACAGAGAAUAUGCAAGUAUCCACUUCUUUUGAAGGAGUUACUGAAGCGGACUCCAAGGAAGCACAGUGACUAUGCAGCACUAAUGGAAGCCCUCCAGGCCAUGAAAGCUGUCUGUUCCAACAUAAAUGAAGCCAAGAGACAAAUGGAAAAAUUAGAGUUUUUGGAAGAAUGGCAGUCUCAUGUUGAAGGAUGGGAGGGGUCCAACAUCACAGACACGUGCACAGAAAUGCUGAGAAGUGGACUACUACUGAAAAUUUCAGCAGGAAAUAUCCAAGAGAGAAUAUUUUUUCUUUUUGAUAACCUCCUGGUCUACUGCAAAAAAAAGCACAGGCGAUUGAAGAACAGCAAAGCUUCUACAGAUGGCCACCGUUACCUUUUUCGUGGCAGAAUAAACACAGAAGUGAUGGAAGUCGAGAAUGUAGAUGAUGGAACAGCUGACUAUCACAGCAGUGGCCACACUGUUAUUAAUGGCUGGAAGAUCCACAACACAGCGAAGAACAAAUGGUUUGUAUGCAUGGCAAAAACCCCUGAAGAGAAGCAAGAAUGGCUGGAAGCUAUUUUGAAAGAGAGAGAGAGAAGAAAAGGUUUAAAAUUGGGCAUGGAACAGGACACUUGGGUGAUGAUCUCUGAGCAAGGAGAAAGACUGUACAAAAUGAUGUGCAAACAAGGGAAUCUCAUCAAAGACAGGAAGAGGAAAUUAACCACUUUCCCCAAAUGCUUUCUUGGAAGUGAAUUUGUGUCCUGGUUGUUGGAAAUUGGAGAGAUACACAAAUCUGAAGAAGGUGUUAAUCUUGGCCAAGCAUUAUUAGAGAAUGGCAUUAUCCAUCAUGUUACAGAUAAGCACCAAUUCAAACCCGAACACAUGCUGUAUAGAUUCCGAUAUGAUGAUGGAACAUACUACCCCAGAAAUGAGAUGCAGGAUGUGAUCUCUAAGGGUGUACGACUGUACUGUCGCCUUCACAGUCUGUUUACCCCAGUAAUUAGGGAUAAAGAUUAUCACUUGAGAACCUACAAAUCUGUGGUCAUGGCUAACAAACUCAUAGACUGGUUGAUUGCACAGGGGGAUUGCCGGACGAGGGAGGAAGCUAUGAUACUUGGUGUUGCUCUUUGUGAUAAUGGGUUUAUGCACCAUGUAUUAGAGAAAAGUGAAUUUAAAGAUGAACCACUGCUGUUCCGUUUUUAUGCGGAUGAAGAAAUGGAAGGGUCAAAUAUGAAGCACAGACUCAUGAAACAUGAUCUGAAAGUAGUGGAAAAUGUCAUAGCCAAGUCAUUACUGAUUAAAUCUAAUGAAGGCACUUAUGGUUUUGGUUUAGAAGAUAAAAAUAAGGUGCCAAUUAUUAAGGUGGUGGAGAAAGGAUCAAAUGCUGAGAUGGCAGGCUUGGAAGUUGGGAAAAAAAUCUUUGCCAUUAAUGGUGACCUGGUUUUUCUGAGACCCUUCAGUGAAGUGGAUUGCUUCCUGAAAGCAUGUUUAAACAGCAGAAAGCCCCUGCGGGUUCUUGUGAGCACUAAACCACGGGAGACAGUGAAGAUUCCUGAUUCUGCAGAUGGACUUGGAUUCCAAAUCCGGGGAUUUGGCCCAUCAGUUGUCCAUGCUGUUGGGAGAGGAACAGUGGCGGCUGUGGCAGGUCUCCACCCUGGCCAAUGCAUAAUCAAAGUGAACGGAAUUAAUGUCAGCAAAGAGACUCAUGCAAGUGUUAUUGCUCAUGUCACGGCGUGCAGGAAGUACAGGCGGCCAAUGCAGCAAGAUUCAAUACAGUGGGUUUACAACAGUAUUGAAAGUGCACAGGAAGAUCUUCAGAAAACAAACACGAAGCCUUCUGGAGAGGAUGGAGGAGAUGCCUUUGACAGCAAAGUGGAAGAGGUAAUUGACAAAUUUAACACUAUGGCAAUAAUUGAUGGGAAGAAAGACCAUGUGAGUCUUACUGUUGACAAUGUUCAUCUGGAGUAUGGAGUGGUUUAUGAGUAUGACAGCACAGCUGGAAUAAAGUGCCAUGUGUUAGAAAAAAUGAUUGAACCGAAGGGAUUUUUCAGCUUGACUGCAAAGAUUCUUGAAGCACUGGCAAAAAGUGAUGAACAUUUUGUGCAGAAUUGCAACAGCCUCAAUUCCUUAAAUGAAGUGAUUCCCACCGAGCUUCAAAGUAAAUUCAGUGUCAUUUGCAGUGAGAAAAUGGAGCAUAUCAACCGAAGAAUCUCUAGUUAUAAAAAGUUUUCAAGAGUAUUAAAAAACAGAGCUUGGCCUACUUUCAAGCAAGCUAAGUCAAAGAUUUCACCACUUCACAGCAGUGAUUUCUGUCCAACCAACUGCCAUAUCAAUGUGAUGGAAGUGUCUUACCCUAAAACCUCAACUUCCCUUGGGAGUGCUUUUGGUGUACAGUUAGACAGCAGGAAACAUUCUUCCCAUGAAAAGGAAAACAAAAACAGUGAUCAAGGUAAACUGAAUCCCAUGAUUUAUGUCCAACAUACCAUUACUACUAUGGCUGCCCCUUCAGGGCAGUCUCUUGGCCAGCAAGAGGGCCAUGGUCUGAGGUACCUCUUAAAAGAAGAAGAUUUAGAAACACAAGAUGUCUACCAAAAAUUGCUGUUCAAAUUACAGGCUGCACUGAAAGAAGUGGAAACAUGUGUCUGUCAAAUAGACGACCUUCUUUCUUCAAUAACGUAUUCUCCCAAAACUGAACGUAAAACGCCUGAGCCUUUAAUACCAGCAGACAGUGAUAAUGAAAAGGGGGAAAGGAAUGGGAAGAAAGUCUGUUUCAGUGUGACAGGUGAUGAACAAGAAGAUUCUGGUCACGAUACCAUCAGCAACAGGGAUUCUUACAGUGAUUGCAACAGCAAUAGGAACUCCAUUGCCUCGUUCACCAGCAUUUGUAGCAGUCAGUGCAGUUCUUAUUUUCACAGUGAUGAAAUGGAUUCAGGUGAUGAGCUUCCCAUAAGUGUUCGAAUCUCUCAUGAUAAACAGGACAAGCUCCAUAGCUGUUUGGAGCAUCUUUUUGGUCAAGUCGAUUCAAUUGUCAGUCUCCUGAAAGGACCAGCUGUGAUGAGAGCCUUUGAGCAGACAAAAUACUUUACACCAGGUCGAGGCCUCCAAGAGUUUCAGCAGGAGAUGGAACCGAAGCUUAACUGUCCAAAGAGGCUACGACUCCACAUCAAGCAAGACCCUUGGAACCUGCCCAGCAGUGUCCGGAGUCUUGCCCAGAAUAUCAGAAAAUUUGUUGAAGAGGUGAAGGCACGAAUACUCUUGGCACUUCUUGAAUAUACAGAUAGUGAGAUACAAUUGAGGCGAGAUAUGGUCUUCUGUCAGAGCCUAGUGGCCACAGUCUGUGCUUUUUCAGAGCAAUUAAUGGUGGCCUUAAAUCAGAUGUUUGACAACAACAAAGAAUAUGAAAUGGAGACGCUGGAGGCCAGCAGAAGGUGGUUGGAACAGAUAGCCAGUGCGGGUCUUCUCCUUCAUUUCCAGUCCCUGCUCUCACCUAAUCUGGCUGAUGAGCAAGCCAUGCUCGAAGAUACAUUAGUUGCACUAUUUGACUUGGAAAAAGUUACUUUUUAUUUCAGACAAUCAGAGCCAGAACCACUAGUUGCAAAUGUACCAAUCACAUACCAAGCAGAAGGAAGCCGGCAAACCCUGAAGGUUUACUUCUACCUUGAUAGCUACCAUUUUGAACAGCUUCCUCAAAGGCUGAAGAAUGGAGGGGGAUUUAAAAUCCACCCAGUGCUUUUUUCACAAGCAUUGGAGAGCAUGGAAGGAUAUUAUUACAGAGACAGUGUGUCAGUAGAAGAAUUUCAAGCUCAGAUUAAUGCAGCCUCACUAGAAAAAGUCAAACAGUAUAACCAGAAAUUACGGGCAUUCUACCUGGACAAGUCGAACUUGCCUCCAAAUUCAACAUCUAAAGCAGCUUACAUAGAUAAGCUGAUGAGGCCCCUCAAUUGUGUGGAUGAACUUUACCGACUGAUAGGAUCCUUUAUCCGAUCCAAGCGCACUGCUGCCUGUGCAUAUACUGCGUGCAGUGCUUCUGGAGUUGGACUGCUUUCAGUGUCUUCUGAACUCUGCAGCAGGCUUGGAGCUUGUCACAUCAUUAUGUGCAACAGUGGAGUUCACCGAUGCACUCUGAGUGUUACCCUGGAGCAGGCGAUUAUUCUGGCUCGGAGCCAUGGACUACCUCCACGUUAUAUCAUGCAAGCUACCGAUGUCAUGCGCAAACAGGGUGCAAGAGUCCAAAACACAGCCAAGAAUUUAGGAGUGAGAGAUCGAACACCACAAUCUGUCCCAAGAUUAUACAAGCUAUGCCAGCCACCACCACCUGUUGGAGAAGAAUGAGGAGAGCUGCUACAGAAAAUAAUCCAGUAACGGCCUUUAGGAUACUGGGACUUCAUGACAAAAUCUAACUGCACUAGAGCAGUGUGUGCCUGUGGCUUUGAUAAAUAAAAAAACCCUUUACUCAGGUUAAAGAAAUACCCUAAAUAUUCUCUACUGGUAUUGAAAAUUGACUCCCAAAAAGCACUCCGGCCUUACACUAGUAAAACAGGAAUCUUCCUUGGGAAUUUUACACUGGAAUCAGAUUCAUUUGAUGUGUCUAGUUCAGCCACACAAUAGGCAUAGCCAGAAGCUUGAAAACAAAUGUCUUGUUCAGAGAGAAUGACUUCACUUGUACACUCUACAGAAUGCAUUCUUGUGGAAGGAAUAAAAGCCUAGAUAAACUAGGCCUGAUAAUGAGCAUGCACUUCAUAUGGGGCCCUUUGCACUGAUAAACCCUUUUUCCCUGUCUCUAUAUAGUUUAUCAGAAUGACUAAUGUUUCAAGGAUAUAAUGUAACUGAGGUUUAAAGAUGGAAGACUCAUCUUGGAAUUGUGUUUAUUGGCUGUAGGCAGACUGCUGCUAUCAACGUGUGCUCGUAAUCAGUAAAUAUAGCCAUAUCUUAAGCAGUCUGCUGUCAUGCUCCUUUAGAAAGGAGUAUGUAUCUAUAUGGCAUAUGAGGUGAAGUUUUGCUGUUCUUCUGUUGCCAUUAUAAUGAGGAAGGGUGAGUCUGAUCUUCGUCAGUAGUUAGACUGAAUUUCAAACUCUAUCUAAUGUACAUUCUACAUCAUUGCACCUCUGCAUUUCAGAGUUUUCCAGAGUUGUGUUUAUUCUUAUGCAGGACUAUACUGGCAAACCUAUGUAAGGUGGGGAUGAGGCAGUGCUGUUAUGUUUAACUGGAAAUGUCUGGAGUUUAAGCUAAAGCAUAGCUUGGGGGUUUGCUGUUUCAUGCUACCAUUUCCUGUAUUUUGUCAGAAUUGUUUUGUAUAGCAUUUCAGUUCUUUGGAGUGGUAAUUGUUAUAGAUUGAUUUUGAAAGCUGUACUGAGUAUUUGGAGGGCCCAGGGAAAAUGUAUCUGCAUUUGUCUGCUCUUUUGGCCAAAGUAUUUUCAGAGAAAAUGCCCCCAAAUGAGGUUUCAUAUGUGAACACAUUAAAAAAAACCCAAACCUAUACUCUGAAAUAGUUCUACUUGCAGCAGUAGCUACACAUUCUAUUAAAGCAGGACAUAAACUGUCUGAAUAAAAUUUAUUUUUUGUACAACAGCAGCCUAUAGUUAUGCUGUAGCCAUCAAACCUCACAACAUAAUAUUUGCAUGUUGUCUAAGUAUUUAUGAAAUCUUCAACAAAUAUAUGAAUCCACAAUGAGAUGCAGGAAAAGUCAAAACAAGGUGUAGUCUUGCAGAGAGUGUUCGUUAGGCAGGAUAUCUAGGGGACUUUUUACUUUUUCUCCAAAGGAGGAAUUAGGGUUCCUACCUUUUUCAGUAUUCUUAAUGUUUUUACAGACUUUAACGUUGCUUAGAAAAUAAAUAUUUUUAUAUAUCCACAGAUAUAUAUGUCUGCACAUCUAUGUGAGUUUCAAUAUAUAUGUAUUUAUGUAGUCAUGUCAAUUACUGAUCGGUCCAACCUGAAAUACACUUCAGUAACAAUUUCUCCUUUGUUCUUUGAAGUUUACACUCUUUCAAGUAACUGCAAGAUGUGGGACUAUAAUAUUUUUUAUUAUCAAAGAAAAAAAACAGACAGACAAACUCAUAAAGUCUUACUCUUCAGAAAUUUACUCUUUUUGUGGGAGACCUAAUGCAUAAGAAAGACUAAUGUACAUAAAGACUUAUGAUUUCUGUUGCUAUUCUAGUCAUAAUCUUGUGCUUUUGUACAAUGUGUUUUGUUCAGAGAGGCAGUAUUGGCUUCAGUAGUUCCUGCUGCAGGCAAAAGCGCCAGAAAUGUUUCAAUUUCUGCUUGUCAGACAUCAGGAGAACAGAGGAGCCAUAACCUCCUCAUGCCAAGGAUGGUGCUGGUGUCAGCCCUGGCUGUGAGCUCUGAUCUUCCUAUGAGGUUUGCCCGCGUGAGGUUUGGUCUUUUAUGACCAAACUAUGAGGCAAGUCACCUGCAUGAGCUGCUAAUCCUCUGUAGUGUAACGCAACCUAGAGGACAACAUCUUUGGCAUGCGUACACUACUGUAACUAGUCAUCACUCUUUUCAUUGCAUUGAAAACGGUAGGAGUGCAAAUAUACCAAAAUAGUCUCCCUGUAUAAUAUGGCAGUUGGCUAAUUCAUUUUGUUGUUGAAAGCAAUGGGUAGUGGACAUGAAUAAAAAGCAAGGGACAAAUAUAAGCCAGUCAAUGGACCAAAUUCUUUAGCUAUCGUUUCAUGAGUGUGUAUCAGAAAUCUUGACCUCUUGUUUUUUAUCUAAUUUUCAGUUCUUUCCUGCCCCCCAACCCCUUCUAGAGGCAGUUUUCAAAAACUUGUUUAGCACUAUGAGCUUCAUUGGUGACCCAUACUGCAAAAUAAAGAAUCUGUUUAGCCUGGUAUCAAAGAAACUGAGAAACUUAAGCCCUGGAUCUCUGGGAUUACAGAUAGCACAUAAAGAUAAGAUUUUCAGAGGAAAUUGGGCAGAUAUGUCUUACUGACUGUCUGUGGAAAGUGGGUGACUAAUUUCUCAGAAUUUCCCUCAAAAGCCAGCAUUUGCUUGAAACAUCAUGCAUGUUUUCAAAGUGCUUUUCUUGUCCAUCUGUUUUCAGAGUGCACUGCGCACUCUUAACAUGUCUGGUUUCUAAUAACAUAUGAUGGAUCUUUAAGAAACCCAUUCUUACAUUAAUUUACAUAUGUUCAUUAUUAAAGCUAUUUACCUUGUUUGGUAAAUAUAUAGAGGAUGUGUUUUUCCUUAUGCAAGGUGCACUUGCAGAGUGAAAAAAAUCCAUUCUCAUCAUAGUUUGUUUAUCCUCUCCUAAAGUUUUAGACUUGCAGAUGACAAAAUGACCAAGAGAGAUGAUUUACACGAACUGUGACACCCGUACCUUGUUAUAUCCUUGCUUCUCCUGCAGCAGAUUAUGCAGCCUAUUUUUAAGACAACGUGUUGUACUGGUUUAGGGAAAGCAUUCUGUAUUUUAAGUUUACUUCUUCAUCCAAGACAAAGGUAAUUCUUCUGGGAAUAAAUUCAAGGCUCUAAAGACAUACAUUACCAAAUACUGACUACCAUGAUUCAGUGAUGGUCUGUAGGGGAUUUCUAGGAGAGAUUUUACAGCUGGGGAGGGAGGGUUAAGGGCCAAGCAAGAGCUAAAUUGCCAUAGGGUUCAUACUUGGAGAAAACUUAUAUUUUAAAGUAGAGCUGAUAAUAUUUGGCCUGGUUUUGUAACCAUCUUCUUUGAAUAAUAGGAUGGUGAACAGUCUUUAAUCUAUGAAAUGAUUAUUGAUUCAGUCUAAUUCCAAAUUAAGUAUUUCAUAACACUUCUUUUUCUCUUAGGUUGUAAAUGUAAAUUAAUGAAAAAAGUAUAUAUUCCAGUUUCUCAAUGUCAAAUAUUUUUGUGUUUAGGGAUCUAUUUCUAAGUAAAUAUUCCUGCUAUCAGCUGAACCAACAAACCAAUUUUAUGGCCACUGAAAAUUGCAAUCUGUAGUGACUUUAUAGAUAAUUUUCACUGGAGUUUAGCACAUGCAUCAGAUUUUUAGGUAUAUAUUUGUAUAUUUUAAUGCAGUCAGUAGUGGUCAGAACUGCUCUCCUGCUGGUUUAGAGCCGAAACAAUUAAGCUUAAAUUGACAAGGAUUUAUACUAAUCAUAUUUCAUUUCAUUUGUUAGAAUCCCCUAAUGGAAAAAAAUGAACCCAUUUUAUUGAUCUGGUUUUACCCACAGAAAUGCGCAAGCAAACAACAGUGAUUUUUGUUUAUUAAUUCAUUGUCAGAGGUAGUGUGUAUUUGUAUGUAUUUAAGACAAUUGCCUGAAUGUGAGUAUACACAUCAUGGUUAAGCAUGAUGCUCAGAAAAGUAUCUUUCAUUUAUUUUCAUUUAAAUUGUGAAAUCAGUAACUGUAGUAUAUAUACAUAUUUUUCCAUAUUCUUGACUUCACAGCUACUUCAUGGA